AGAAAACCCUAGCUUAACCAUCCAUAUAUAAACCUUCUCUCCUCACCACAAUCGAAGAGCUGCUGACUCUGCUGCAACCAUGUCGAAGCGAGGAAGAGGAGGAACCUCUGGUAACAAGUUUAGGAUGUCACUGGGUCUUCCAGUGGCAGCCACAGUGAACUGUGCUGACAACACUGGUGCCAAGAACCUUUACAUCAUUUCCGUAAAGGGUAUCAAAGGUCGUCUCAACCGUUUGCCAUCUGCAUGUGUUGGUGACAUGGUUAUGGCUACUGUCAAGAAAGGUAAACCUGAUCUACGUAAGAAGGUUAUGCCAGCUGUCAUCGUUAGGCAGAGGAAGCCUUGGCGCCGAAAGGAUGGUGUCUUCAUGUACUUUGAGGACAAUGCUGGUGUCAUUGUCAAUCCCAAGGGUGAAAUGAAAGGAUCUGCUAUCACUGGACCAAUCGGGAAGGAGUGUGCUGACCUGUGGCCGAGGAUCGCAAGUGCUGCAAACGCCAUCGUUUGAGUUAUCUCUUGAACGUUUAAUCUCUCCUCUGUUGAGUAUACUUUGUUUUCUUUUGUAUUAAGACAUUGAUCUUGAUUCUAGUUCCUAUAUAAGAACUUUGUUUCUUAGCA